AUGGCUCGAACCAAACAGGCCACUCCCAUUCGAAGGGAGAUAUCUUCCGAGUACAUCAGCAAACAUGACCGCUCGCCUCCGAAGAACGUGGCCACGAAUGGAGACGUCAAUGGCAAAGCAGCAGUCGCUUUGGCCCCAAUUGUCUCCAAGGAGGCCGGAGUUUUGCAGCUGGCUGUUGCUGUUGCCGGCAUCUACCUGUCGUUCUUGACCUGGGCCUUUCUCCAAGAAAAGGUCCUCACGACACCCUAUGGGGAGCCGGAUCGCACCGAGCUCUUCGUGUUCCCUGUCUUCCUCCUGACAAUCCAAUCGCUCUUCUCGUCGAUCACCGGCAGCAUCUACCUUUAUGCGAGCACGCCAAAGGGCCAGCCCGUGCCCCCCAUCAUCCCCAACCGGCGCAUCAUCGGACCCCUCGUGCUGGUGGCCGUCACGCAGGCGCUGGCCGCGCCGUUCGGCUACGCGGCGCUCGCGCACGUCAACUACAUCACGUACACGCUCGCCAAGUCGUGCAAGCUGCUGCCGGUCAUGUUCCUGCACAUCACCAUCUUCCAGAAGCGGUACCCGCUGCACAAGUACCUCGUCGUGGCGGCCGUGACGGCGGGCGUGGCCGUGUUCACGCUGCACAGCGGCAAGAAGCACAAGGCGCACACGCACAGCGGGCAGACGGGGUGGGGGAUGCUGCUGCUGGGCGUCAACCUGCUGUUCGACGGCCUGUUCAACAGCACGCAGGACUACAUCAUGCAGACGUUCCGCCCCUACCGCGGCCCGCAGAUGAUGUGCGCCAACAACAUGAUGAGCUGCGCCCUCACCGCCGCCUACCUGCUGCUCACGCCCUGGCUGGCCCACACCGCCGCCGGCGAGUGGCUCGGCAUGGACGUCGCCAGCGCGGGCGAGCUGAGCAACGCCGUCGGCUUCAUGGCGCGCCACCCCGCCGUGUGGAGGGACGUGCUGGGCUUCGCGGCGUGCGGCGCCAUCGGGCAGGUCUUUAUAUUCUACACCAUCGCCAACUUCGGCUCCGUCAUCCUCGUCACCGUCACAGUCACGCGCAAGAUGUUCACCAUGAUCCUGUCCGUCGUCGCCUUCGGCCACCACCUCACGCAGAUGCAGUGGCUCGGCGUGGGCCUUGUGUUCGGCGGCAUCGGCGUCGAGGCGGAGAUCAAGCGGCGGUCCGAGGUCCAGAAGGCCGCUGCAAAGAAGGCCGCUGCGGACGCGAAGGCGCAGUAG